CGGUAGCCGUGUCACUGUAGCCAUCAUCUUUCUUUUUUUUCGCUUCCGUACCAGUAUCGCGCAAAGCUGUCCUUCUUUUUUUCCUAUGGUAAGGCUAGGAUUGUAAGGAUUGUUAGGAUUACUAUUGUGAUGACGAGGGAACGCAAAAAAGCCCCGGUGCCCGUUCGUGGCGUACGGGCUCUAAACCGCCGUGCAAAGAUGGAGAGAGCACAGAAGCAACCAGAUGACGGGUGGCGAGCCUUAAAUCCAUUAAAGGAACCUCCCAGGAUGAAGCAUAAGACAACAUUCGAAUUAGUCGAGAAUACAGACAAAAAGAAGAAGCUCGAGUUCAAGAUUACCAUCGAUAGACACCCACCACCAGGGUUCGAAUUCGUCCCUGUUGGCUAUCCACAGUUGACGCAAAUGUGCAAAGAACUAUCUAGGGAACAAGAUGCUAUGAUAUUCAUUGUUUCGGACUCCAAGAACCCGGACAACCUCGAUCACCAUGUUAACCGUGUCGGGUAUCAUUUUAGACAGAUAAUUGUUGACCAAGCUCGCUCGAAACUGACAGCUACUGGACAAAAUGUCCACGUCCCCCCAGCCCAUGCAUCUGGCGCACCUGAACCGAUACCUAAGAGCCAAGCGGAAAUUGAUGCUCAAGCAGAUGCAGUCCUAAGGGAUCUUUUCCCAAGAAUACCUCAUACCGACCGACGCGAAAUUAUCCAGCAUGCCUUUCAAAAAGAUGGAAAAUUCCAUGGCGAGUCUAAAGUUGGCAUGGUUAAAGAACUAACCCUAGCACGUAGGGUUCAACUCGCAGCAAUUGCCCACAUCAGACACAAUCACACGCGCUAUGAUGAAUUAUUGAAGGAAACUAACUGGCACAACGCUCGAAGAGCUGUAGAAAAGCCGUGCCUGGACGUCAUCGUCAAGUGGCGAGGUGACGAAGAGACCGGCCGUGACCAGCUUGACGAGAUACUUCGUGAAGUCAUUGAGAUUUCUGAUACCGAGGAGGAGUCCGAGGAUGAAUCUCCCAAUGCAGAGUCUCUAUCAGCCCGACGCGUUGUCACGAUGCCCACUAAUACAUUGGCGAGCUCUAAGGCAGAACCACAAGGUAAAGAUGUCGCUAACCCUGAGCGGCCGCCCCAUUGUUCCAGUCACAGUCGCAGUCGCAGCCAUGAUCGCGACCUAUCUGUUCCAGGCGUUCUUGGACCAUCUAAGCAGAGAGCGAUUGCAAAGGCCGAGAAGAGAAGCGCUCGAAAGACGCAGCGUUUUAGGAGAUAUGCCGCUGCUGCUGAAGCUCUUGCAGGUUCAUCCGACCAGAGGGUGUAUGCUGAGGACUCGAAUGUGGCCCCUUUUGGUACUAUUCCAAUGGAUUUUACCAGAAGUCCGGGUUCCACCCACCCUAUUAGCUCGAGUCGCGAGCCAACAGUGGUGGCGCGUGGUACUCCUCGUAUUGAACAGAUGUCGCGUUAUUCUGAAUUGAGAUCAGACCAGCAGCGUUUCAAAGGCGGCCCUCUGAGAGAGAUGGCCACCAUCACUCAUGGUAUUCCCGAAGCCGAUGAAUACGCUUCGCCUCAACUGAUGAGCACUCCAGAAAGCCAUAGGCCCAAAGUUGGGCACGCAACAGCAAGUCAUGGUCGCCAAUCGAUUCCAGUUUCGCCAGUAAGAACCGGAUUGCAAGAUAUGUUAUUACAAUCCAUCGAGCCUGCGUCUCCUGUUGUCCACAGGGAGCCCCCUGAAGCUCCUCGAAUGCUGUAUAGUGAGCCUCAGCGCUUCGCGGAAGAUCCUCGUGUCGUUUCUCGGUCUAUUCACAACCAUGCAGGUUUUGCUUCGUGUCCCGAAUCUCCUAGAGUCGUGAGUCAUGGUAAUGUGAUGGUAACAAGACGCCUUCAUGGCGCAGACUAUCCCUCCGGAACCCUUGAUGCGUACCCCAAUCCGUUUGCCCCAGCCAGCCAUCAGGUUCAAGGUGAGGAUCCACGACGUGUGCCAUCUGGGUAUUUUCCGGAUCGGCCGUCGUCAUCUUUUAGAGGGGCAGACCAAGCUCUAUCCCAGAAUCAGUCCUGGCCAGUUCCUAGUGAAGGGAUGGUGCACUAUAAUGGUGAUGUUUCUCUGAGGACCAGAGCAAACCCGAUUAUCAUUGAUGACGAUGAUCAUAUGCUUCACGGACCUCGUCAAGUAAUUGAGGCGCAACGGCAUCCCGGUAGAGAUUACCCUGUUACACCGUUGGGGCAAGAAGGGUUCUUCCACGAUGCCACCCGUCAAGGAGACGCGUACAUCCGAGACGAGGCUCGAGUUGUAUUAACUGAUGCGCCGCCCACCCGGCCGAGAAGUGCGUUUGAUUACCGCCGCCCUGGCAAUCAUCCCGGUCCCGGAUUGACUUCGUAUCACGAACCCGGCGUCUAUAGAGUAGCAGCGCCAGAGUUGCGACGUCAUGUAGUCGAUGUCGCCCCUGGACCUGAAACAAGAUACUACAGAGAGCGUAGCCAGCACUUGUACGAACCAAGAGAAUGGCCUCGAAAUGUGCCUCGAGAGGCUCGAGCUGUUCCUACUCGCCCCGAAGUGCGGUACCUAGACGAUGAUCGUCAUUUUCAAGGAUAUUCGAAUAUUACAUCAAUUUCGCACCCUCAAGACCGACGAGAAACCCGUUACUAUAGACUGGAUGAGGCAAUGUCGCCAACGUCGCAGCAUAUACACUAUCAGCACGAUUACCCCCCUCAACUUGUAGCCCCUCCUAACCAUGGCCCCUAUAUGGAGAACCAUGGAUCACCGCAUCGACAUUAUAUUCCUGAACAACGCGUAGUCUGGGUGGAUCGUUGAUCUUCGUCGGAGU